AUGAUUCCUAGUCCGGUCAUAGGUUCGUCCUCCACGCCUUUUUCUGUGAAGGACAUUCUGAAGUUAGAGCUCCAACAACAGUCUCAGCAGCACCAGCUACAGCUGAUCUCCUGCUUCGGUCUCUCUGGUGCGCUCUCACAGCCUGGAGCUCUAUUGAACAAAUCCUUCCGUUCUCACUCGCCGCCCUCCUGCAUGCUGGCGGGCAGAGACACCCCAAGCCCCAUCAGCUCCUGCCUGUCGGAGAGCGAGGAGAGGAUGGCGUACCUCAACUCACUGAAUGUGCAAGACCGACUGACGGACUCCGGUAUCCAGGUGGAGGUGUUCGGCAACCUGGGGCAAACCCACUCUGCAGACCUCCGGCCGGAGACAGAGCAGGACGAGCAUGACAGCAGGAGCUGCGGUGUCUUGCCGGGUGAGUGUGAGGAUCCAGACUCGGAGAAGCCGGCCACCAAGCAGCAGAGGACCAGACGGAAACCUCGCGUUCUCUUUUCCCAGGCUCAGGUGUUUGAGUUGGAGCGGCGCUUCAAGCAGCAGCGUUACCUGUCCGCCCCGGAGAGAGAGCACCUGGCCAGCUCCCUUAAGCUCACCUCUACCCAGGUCAAGAUCUGGUUCCAGAACAGGAGGUACAAAUGCAAGAGGCAGCGGCAGGACAAGACCCUGGAGAUUGCGGGUCAUCAUCACCACCAUCACCACCCACCACCGCCUCCAAGGAGGGUGGCUGUGCCGGUUCUCGUCCGAGACGGGAGGCCUUGUCUGGCUGGAUCUCAGAACUAUAAUCCCCCUUACACAGUCGGAGCUCCCAAUCCGUACAGCUACAACGGCUAUCCAGCCUACAGCUAUAACAACUCGGUGUAUAGCAACACUUACUCUUGUACUUAUUCUAGUUUCCCUUCUCUCCCGCCCAGCAACGCCUCUGCCAAUGCUUUCAUGAAUAUGAAUUUGGGGAACAUUAGCGGGCAGACGCAAAGCCAGGCUCCCCAAGGACCAAGUGUCACACCCUGCCAAGGAGCUCUGCAGGGCAUCCGGGCAUGGUAG